AUCAAAUCAACUCAAAUCUUUUUCUUUAAUUAUUAUCAUCAAUGGAGGAAGAUCAAAUUCUUAACAUUAAUUUUGAUCUAUGGAAUGACCCACUUCUUCUCACCGACGUUUCUUGGCAACAACAACAAAACAUCUCUUCUGACCAAUAUUAUAGUAGUAAUAAUAGUCCCAAUACUUCUCCAAGCUCUGUAUCUGUAACUAUGGCUGAUUCUGCUCUUCGUCGUGACUCGAAUGACGGUCUUUCUUGGAAAAAUCAAAGCUUUGAAGCCAAUGAUAUGCGGAAUUUUGGUGGCCAGGUUUCAAAUGACUCAGUUGAUGGUGUUUCUUGGAAAAAUCAAAGCUUUGAAGCAAAUGAUAUGCGGAAUUUUGGUAACCAGGUUUCAAAGGAAUCAGUUAAUGGUAAGUCCAUGUUGGGAUUUUCUUUAACAUCUCCUGAUUUAGUGAUAUGUGGUGGUGGUUCACCUGAUAUUUUUCCCAAGGUUGAUAGCUAUGGAGAUUCUCCUGAGAUCUUGGAGAGAAGUAACUGUAAGUACUCUACUGAGGUUUCUUUAGAGAAUGGCAUUAAAGGCUCUGAUAGCAACAACAACAACACCACCCUUAAGACUCCAACCGUAAGAUUUUCAUCGUUCAACAAAGAAUUGUCUCCCGAAUCUUCUUUGGAGCUUCAUCCUCCAUUAACAGCUCAAGAAGACUCACCAGAAGGUCACAUUCCAGUUGUAAGCAUCGAUGCAGAUUUUGGAGAAUCGCAGGAAGUUCUGAGGAUGUCCCAAGGGGCUGUAUCCGAAUCACCAAAAGAUGGUGUGAACUGUGAGGUUGAAUUAGACUAUGAAAAGCUGAAAGGAAGUUAUGAGUAUCAGAAAAAAGAAUUAGUAGAGGCAAGAAGGGUGUUGGAGGAGCUUAGAAUGGAGAAUCAACUUAAGAGUAAAGAAUGCCGAGAAGCUUGGAACUCUUUACAAGAACUACAAAAUGAGCUCAUGCGCAAGUCAAUGCAUGUGGGAUCUUUGGCUUUUGCCAUUGAGGGACAAGUGAAAGAGAAGAGCAGAUGGUUCUCAUCCUUGAGAGACUUGACAAGAAGAUUGAAGAUUAUGCAGAUGGAACACAUAAAGCUAGCUGAAGAGGCAUCCACAUAUAAGAAAUGCCUUGCGGACAUGAAUGAAAUGAGCUCAAUUGUUCAGUCUGAAAUAAAGCAUCAAGUAGAUAUGUAUGAACAUCUAAAGAUUCAAUUUGUGGAAGGCACCAAGGAACGAAAAGAACUAUAUAACAAGGUUUUAGAGUUGAAAGGAAACAUAAGAGUCUUUUGCCGAUGUAGGCCUCUAAAUACUGAAGAAAUUGCAGCAGGAAGUGUGAUGACUAUUGAUUUUGAAUCUGCCAAAGACAGCGAGCUCACUGUGAUGUCAAAUGGGGCUCCAAGAAAGACCUUUAAGUUUGAUGCAGUUUUUGGGCCCCAGGCAGACCAAGCUGAUGUCUUCAAAGACACAGCUCCAUUUGCAACCUCAGUUCUAGAUGGAUACAAUGUCUGCAUAUUUGCUUAUGGACAAACAGGAACUGGAAAAACGUUUACAAUGGAGGGAACAAACGAAGCCCGUGGGGUAAAUUUUAGAACUCUUGAGGAGCUUUUUCGCACAAUAAAGGAGAGAGAGAAGCUAUAUCGAUAUGAUAUUUCUGUGAGCGUCUUAGAAGUCUACAAUGAGCAGAUCAGAGAUUUGCUGGUGGUAGGCUCUCAGCCAGGAGCAACAUCAAAAAGGCUUGAAGUACGCCAAACAGGGGAAGGAAUACAUCAUGUCCCAGGAUUGGUUGAAGCACCUGUAAGUAACAUCAGUGAGGUAUGGGAAGUUCUACAAACUGGCAGUAAUGCACGGGCUGUUGGCGCAACCAAUGCCAAUGAGCACAGCAGUCGAUCCCACUGUCUACAUUGUGUGAUGGUGAAGGGAGAGAAUCUAUUGAAUGGUGAACACACGAAAAGCAAGCUAUGGUUGGUGGACCUAGCAGGAAGUGAGCGAGUUGCAAAGACAGAAGUGCAAGGAGAACGUCUAAAGGAAACUCAAAAUAUCAACAGAUCAUUAUCAGCACUUGGCGAUGUUAUAUCAGCUCUUGCAACUAAAAGCCCUCAUAUCCCUUUCAGGAAUUCCAAGCUCACGCACUUGCUUCAAGACUCUUUAGGAGGAGAUUCAAAGACACUCAUGUUUGUCCAAGUCAGUCCUAGUGAGAACGACUUUAGCGAGACCUUAUGCUCACUGAACUUUGCAAGUAGAGUGAGAGGGAUAGAGUUGGGUCCUGCAAAGAAGCAGAUAGACAAUUCCGAAUUCCUGAGAUACAAACAAAUGGUUGAGAAAACAAAGCAAGAACUAAAGAGCAAAGAUGUGCAAAGCAAAAAGAUGGAGGAAACAAUCCAUGGAUUGGACUUGAAGUUGAAAGACAAAGACCUUAAAAUCAAGAGCCUGCAAGACAAGGUAAAGGAACUGGAACAGCAGCUUCUAGUUGAGAGGAAGCUUGCUCGUCAACAUGUGGACACAAAGAUAGCCGAGCAACAUCUGAAACAACAGCAAGACGAGCAAACUACAGCGCCUCCAAGGCCGCCACUUGUAAGUCGGGUGCCAGGACUCAAAAAUUCCAAUGAACCAGCAAGUAUUAAUACAAUGAUUAAAGAGCAAGCAAAUCUUGCUCGACCACUAAUGGAAAAUAACAACUACAAGCCUCCCAUACUUCUUCCUCCAACUGAUGGCAUAGUCAAGUACAUCAAUCCAACAGAAAAAGAAAACAACCCUGAGAUGGCUGAACAACCAAGAUUAUUACCAAAGAGAACAGGAAGAGCCUCUCUUGGCCCAGCAAUAUGGCGAAUCCCAGCUGCGCCAGCUCCAAGACGCAACUCUCUAAUACCACUCUCCACUGCACCAACCUCAGCUCAAAUCCCACCGGCAUUGUUACCAUUGCCAACACGCCAAGAUGAUGAGAAGGAAGAGAGUGAUGGAAGCCUACCGGAACAAAUAGUACAUUGUAAUAGUCCAAAGGGUAUAAAAAGUGGGAGUAAGAAGCUGAGCAGCAUAUUGAGAAGAAGUCUGCAGAAGAAAAUGCAGAUGAAAACUCCGAUGCAGCAACAUUUUAGACGCGGCGGUGUGAAUGUUGGGAUGGAGAGGGUUAGAAUCUCGAUUGGAAGUAGAGGAAGGAUGGCACAUAGAGUGUUGUUGGGCAGUGGGAGAAGAGGAGGAACAAAGGAAAUUCCGCAAAAGCAGAGUCACAAGGACAAGGAAAGAGGGUGGAAUAUUGGAACAGUUAGCAGGAUUUAGAUAUAAUUUACUGAAAAUAGUUUGUGAUUUUAUCAUUUAUUGUGCUUCUUUGUUGUAUGAUACAAGGAACACAAAACAAAACAAAAAAAUUGACUUGUGUGAUUUUUUAAGAUGAUGCUUGUCAUCUGUUUGAAUCUUUGUAUUUAUUAAUGUACAGAAUGACAUUCUUGUGAUCAGUUUAA